UUCUAUGUAUUCCUUCUAUAGGACCCCCGGCCUAUACAGUCUUAGCCCUCUAGCUGGCACUGUAAGUAGAGCAUGCUGUACAGACAGUCUAUGGGCAGUGUUGACGCCUGCAGUAGCUGCUAAAUAUUUGACGGCUUUGUCAAAACUGGCGUCGUUACGGAGCAACAAUGCUCGACAAUAUCGAGUCUCUGGUCAAAUACAAUGAGCCGGAAUUAGUCAGCAAGAUCCAUCAACAACACAAACCUCACAACCUUCCGACAAAAGCAGAGACCAAACGAGUCGUGCAGACUGUAGCUACAACUGUGGCUGGCACGCGUGCAGCUAUGGAUGUGGAUGCUAGGCUUGGUGUGGGAGAUGGCAAGUGCGACAGUCAAACGUUGCUGAAUUUGAUUCUACCGCCGAGAGAAUGGGUCAAAGACGGCCAACUGUGGCGUCAAACGAUAUCUAGCGAACAGGCAACGAAACGCGAUGUUGCAAUUCUUCAGAAGGAAAUGGAAAACAGGAUGAAACAGCACAAGGGCAAAGACAUGGGAAUAUGUCCAGUGAGGAGAGAAUUGUAUGCAGAUUGCUUUGAAGAGUUACUCAGACAAGUGGCUAUUGAAGUUCCCGAAAGAGGACACUUACUGGCGAAGGUACGCGAUCACAUGAACAUAACCAUUCUGAUGCAUCAAAAAGUGUACGAAAGCAAUGUAACAUUUGGAAUCAGAAAGGCUGUGACAGCAAAGCUAACAAAGGCCGACAUGGAGAACACAAUCAAAGAACUAGAGGCAGAAAACCAGUGCUUGCUGCAGCAGCUAGCUGAUGCAAACAAAUGGCCACAAGCAGCAGAAAAACGAGAGGCUGAGAGACGAGCAACCGAAGAAGUGCAACAUGCAAAAGAACUAGAGUCACUGAAAGCUACAGUCGAGGAACUAAAGAGUCGUUUGCUAGCAUCUGUUGAUAAAUAAUCACAAUAUCAAUUAGUCACUCAUUACACACCAUCAAAACUUGCAUUAAAAUUAACAGUUUGUGUGUAUUUUUAUGUUA